AUGGGUGGGGGAGUGGCUGCAGGAGCAGGGAAGGAAGGAAGAGGAAGACAAGCUGAAACUGACUGCGCGGCGGCUGCUGUGGUCGCAGUCAUGUCCUUUGGUUUAUUAACACCUCAGUGCCACAGUCGUCCCGGCCGGCAUGCUCCAGUAGUGACAGGACCCCCCAAUCAGUCAGCAGGAAGCAGGAUGUUCACAGGCUCCACCAAGCUGCCCCCCGCCAAAACCCCUCAGCCUGAGCGGCUGGAUGAGGUGUACGCCGCCUUACGUCGAGGCUUACAGUCAUACUUGCAGGUCCACCAACUGGAGCUGGACAGUCUGGGACAGCAGAUCAGAGAAAACAAGAGGAAUGGUCGACUGGGGUCUUUGUAUGAGCAGGACAAGCAAGUGAAAGCCAUAGAGAGAUUCAUGCGUCGCUUGGAAUUCCACCUCAGCAAGGUAGAGGAGCUGUACGAUGCUUACUGCAUACAGCGCCGACUUAGAGACGGCGCCAGUAAAAUGGUGGCAGCCUUUAACUCCGCCACUGGGAGUAAGGAGGCCAGGGAGAGCCUGAGUGAGGCAAACAGAGGCUUCAGGGAAUGUACAGAGCAUAUGUGCUCACUGGAGAGUGAACUGGAAAGCCACAUGGGAGAGUUUCAUGUCAAGAUGAAGGGCCUUGCUGGCUUUGCCCGGCUAUGUGCUGGUGACCAGUAUGAGGUGCUAAUGCGUUACGGGCGGCAACGCUGGAGGCUACGGGGUCGCGUGGAAGUCAGCAACAAACAAAUGUGGGACAGUGAAGAGUACAUCUUCCUGCCUCUUGUCACUGAACUCUUGUCCAUUAAGGUGACAGAGCUAAAGAGUCUGGCCAAUCAUGUGGUAGUGGGUAGUGUGUCCUGUGAAAUGCUCGACUUGUUCUGCCCCCUGCCGCAGACGCUUGCGGUGGACAUCAACGACCUGGGUACGGUGAAGCUCAAUUUGGAGGUCACUUGGAGUCCAUUUGAUAAGGAUGACCAGACAUCAUCCACCAGUACAGUAUCCAAACGUCUGCUGUCCAAUCAGAGCCCUCCAGACACGCCCUCCAUGCGGGAGCAAGUGUUUUAUUCUCUGCUGAAGCGACAAGGGGAGCUCGACAACGGCACUGUUUGGUCUAACUCCUCCGAAUCCUCUGACGACUCCUCCAGCCCGGCGCUGGCCCACCAUACUCAGAGGCUGUCGGCCUCCAACAUCACCGCGCCGCUAUCGCUCACGCCACACAAGUCCAGCGUAUCAACGCCGUCACUUUCAUCCAACCAGGAAGAGGAUGAGAACGAAGCCGGCGAGGUUUUCUCUCAGAGGGAUUCGGUGCACAACGGUCACCCUCAGACUUCCUUCUCAAGGAGCCAAGUCGGCGAGACCGGCCCAGAAUGUACUGUGACGGACAGGCUGUCUGUCCAAUCAGAGGUUCUGGAAACCUCGGCAGAGCUGAGCUGCUCAUGCUCUGAUGUUUCCUCCGCUGCCGCCGAGUCCUUAGAGAGGACAGACGAAUGCGGUAGCAUGCACGCUAACAAUCCACCUGAGGACUCCACAGUCUGCACCAAAGCAGGGACCACAGAGGCUGAGGGACCAAGGCAGACAGAUCUAAAACAAUCAGAUGGAGCUCCAACUGUCCCUUUUCCUACAUCUUCAAGUUUCACUCAGGAAGUGGAGACGGCGCUUGAGAGUUUUGACUUUCUGAACUGUUCCGACCUGGAGGAUGAAGAGGAAGAGGGGCAUCAAGAAGUGGUGGAGCACCAAGAAACGUCUGAGCACCAAGAGGAAGACGAGCAACAAAAGGAAGAGGAAGAGACACAAGAGGAAGAACCACAAGCGGAAGAUACACAAGCGGAAGAAACACAAGCGGAAGAUACACAAGCGGAAGAAACACAAGCGGAAGAAACACAAGAGGAAGACAAAAUAGAAAAAGACGCAAUCGAGGGGCAACAUGUAGAAGAUGACGGUAUGACUGAACCAGAGAAGACAGAAGAGGCGGAGGAGGAAAAGGACAAAGAUAACUUCUACUCAGGAGGAAGCGAUGAAGAGACAGGAGACGGUUUGGAGUUCCUGAUGGAGGCUCCGGAGGGAUUUAGAAACUCUGAUGAAGAUUGUAUUUCUGAAUCUCAGGAGUCUAAUGUGGAAGAGGAGCAGGAUUUGGGUCCGGUGCAACUCCCCGAGGAGGAGCCUAGUGAGGAAAAUGGAGAUGACCAACACCAAGAGGAGAGGUCACAAGAUGCUCAGGAGGAGGAGGAGGAGGAGGAGCGUCCCCCUACUCCCAGCCAAUUGGCCCCCACUGUGUUUCAAUGACACACAGCAUCCAGCCAUUUCCACUCGUCUAAUGUGCUCAUUGCCAAGUCCCACUCAUUCGACAAACAAGCUCUUCCAUUGCUGCAGAGUUUGUGCACGUAUUCGCCUUGUUCGGAGUCUUUUAAUGGCAUUGCGUUGCCUGCAUUAAUACCACUUUUGUUCGAAUCCACUAAAAGCAGGCUUGGAUUAAUUUGUUCCAUUUAUUUAAGUGAUCAAACAGUGGAGAGGAUGUAUUUCCUUACUCAGCAUCCAAUCAGUCACUGGGGUAAACAAAGGCAAACAUUCCAAGCGUCUAAACUUGCAGUAUUGAUGGAUUGGGGAUGUUUUGCAGUGUUUUCCAGCAAGCCAAGCUCUUAGGAAGGACUCCACGAGCAUGUGAUGUUUGUCUUUGCUACAAAGCUGUGGGGUUAUUUCCACAGUGGUAAUGUAUUCUACUUGUGUGACAAUGUGUCUUUUAAGCUACACCAGGACUUGAGCUGCCUUAUGAUCACAACUUUUUAGGGAUUUUAUUUUAUUUCCACACUUGCAGGAUUGGAGUUCAUAUUAAUGCAAUUUGCUGUGUAAAAGGUAUUAUUCAAACCUGCAUGUGUAGACGCCUCACACUGCCAGCAUGUCCGCUGUAAAAGACUCAUUUGUAAAAAAAACAAAAAAAAGUCUGUCCAAAAGAGGUCUCUUCAAGAGUAGCCUCAGUGGGGCGCUUCAGUGUGUCAGCAUUAUCUUGCUUUACGUCAUCGUGCAAAACGCCUCUUUAUUCAGAAAGUGCCUCGAGUGAUGGAUUUAAGGUUGUAAAAAAAAAAAAAAAAAAGUGAACAGGCAAAAAGCAAAGUGUUUAUUUUGGAAUUACUUUUAAGAGUGUUCACCAUAAGAGAUAUUUACUGUUUCAUAUAAAGAAUUGUAUAUGUCCUGAAAUGUUUAUGUUCAGAAAUGUUCAAACUUUAUAAAGUUUUCUUUUAAAUGAACACAUCAUUGUCUUCUUGAACAACAAUUUAAUUAAUUACUGGUAGAUAUUUUUAAUGAAGCAAAGACCGGUUUCAAAUGGGCGAAACUUCCAUAUUUCUAUGAAAUGGAUUGUAGCUAAAUUGUGGUCAAUGCACAUGGUAGAUUUAGGUAGCAUUGGCAAACAUGUAAAAAUAACUUCUUUGUUCACAUUUUAAGUUAAAGAAAAGGUAUAGUGAACAGCAUCCAAAGCCAGUGCAUGAAAUGUGAGAAUGUCAUAGACACUACGUGAAACAAUGUGAACUGAUUCCAUUCAGUGCAAUAAAACCACAAACAAGCAAAAAAAAAGUUGUACAAAUAAAGC